AUGGAUGAUUUCUACUGUACGCCAUCGCGUACGACUUUUAAUCAAAAUAUAGAUUAUAUGACAACUGAAGUUUCUCAGUAUAACUUAUACCAAUGCUGGCGUCAAAAUAACUGUGUAACUAUAAAGAGCCAUCAUGACGAUAUCAGCGUUAUAAUACCUUCAACAGUCUCUAAGAGACUUGAAAACACCUGUUGGAGAAGAUGGUACAAAGAAAUAAAACAGUUGCCAGUUAUACCUGCUAGUCAGAUUAACUGGUACAAGGACCAAGACAUCACAUGGCUCUACGGGCCAAAAUUUUCUGAGCACUCAGAUUUUGAAUUGCCCUCUCCUCUAAUUGACCAUCGUCUAACCACUGAGAACUUGGCACGCACUGAGGCCAUCAACAUCCCGGGACAGUGUGAUGUUAAAAGCGAAGUAGAUGACUACCUUUCCUCUUCGGUAGAUUCCGGGGAAACGGAUUUUUCCUUGGGAAGUCGCGGUAGCAUUACUUCUUUGGAUGAAUCAGAUGCUGAGGGUCAAGGACAGAAGGAAAAAUCAUCAAAUAACAUAAACAACUACAGUGGCAGCUUAAGGCUGGCUUUAAAAAUGUCACAGGGCAAAACAGGUAAAAAGGUAAAAUUCAAUUAUAUUGUGAGUUCACGCGAGUAUGUGAAUGGGAUGAGUUUUGAUUAUGAUUUUUUAGAUCAUCUGUGUAUAUAA